AUGGGCUGCUCCAAGUCCCAGCUGCUCGUAGUCCUGCUGCUGUCGCUGGCCUGGCUGGUACCCGCCUGGGGGGCAGACAAGGAAACCCAGGUCGAGGAAGGGGUGGUGGAGGAGGAAGAGGAGGAUGUCGUCUCUGAUGAGCUCCUGGAGGAAGAGGGUGUCUUGGUGCUCCAUCAGCACAACUUUGAGCGAGCCCUGCGUGAGCACCACCUGCUGCUGGUGGAGUUCUACGCCCCCUGGUGCGGGCACUGCCAAGCCCUGGCCCCUGAGUUCACGCGUGCCGCUGGCAUCCUGAAGAAUGACUCCGCGGGCCUGCGGCUGGCCAAGGUGGAUGCGAUGGAGGAGACGGACCUGAGUGCGGAGUUUGGCGUCACAGGGUACCCGGUGCUGAAGCUCUUCCGAGAUGGGAAUCGCACACACCCCAUAGACUUCACAGGGCAGCGGGACGCCGAGGGCAUUGUGCGGUGGAUGCGGCGGAAGGCCGGCCCCAGCACGGAGCUGCUGCAGGAUGAGGCCAGCGCCCAGGAGUUCGUCGCCUCCCAGGAUGUCGUCGUCGUCGGGUUCUUCAAGGACCUGCAGGGCAAAGCUGCGCAGGGCUUUUAUGAAGUUGCCAGUGAUGCUGUGGACGUGACCUUCGGGGUCUCCAACAGGACGGAGCUCUUCCAGAAAUACAGCGUCACCCCCGACACCGUCUGCCUCUUCAAGAAGUUUGAUGAGAAGCGGGCGGAUUUCCCGCUGGACGCGGAGCUGGGCCUGAACAAGGAGGAGCUCUCCCGCUUCAUUGGCCUGCACAGCCUGGAGCUGGUGAUGGAGUUCACCAGUCAGAACUCACCAAAGAUAUUCGGGGCAAAAAUCCUCAACCACCUGCUGCUGUUUAUUAACAAGACCCUGGAGCCCCACCUGGAGAUCCUGGGCAGCUUCCGGGCUGCUGCACCCCCGUUCAGGGGCCAGGUUCUCUUUGUGCUCAUCGACGUGAACGGGGAAGGCGCUCAAGUGCUGCAGUACUUCGGCCUCAAGAGCCACGAGGCCCCCACCAUGCGCUUCAUCAACAUCGAGACUAACAAGAAGUACCGCAUGGACACAGACGAGUUUGCCACCCAGGCUGUGGGCUCCUUUGCCCAGGCUGUGCUUGACGGCAAGGUCCAGCCCCAUCUCAUGAGUGAGGAGGUCCCCGAGGACUGGGAUAAGCAUCCAGUUAAAGUCCUCGUGGGCAAGAACUUUGAGCAAGUGGCUUACGACGAGACCAAGAAUGUUUUUGUGAAGUUCUAUGCCCCCUGGUGCACACAUUGCAAGGAGAUGGCACCUGUCUGGGAGGAGCUGGGUGAGAGGUAUAAAGAUCAUGAGAACAUCAUCAUCGCCAAGUUGGAUGCAACAGCCAAUGAGAUCGUGAAUCUCACCAUCCGUGGCUACCCUUCGCUGCACUAUUUCCCUGCUGGGCCAGACAGGAAGAUGAUUGAGUACAAGAGUGCCAGAGACCUGGAGACCUUCUCCAAGUUCCUGGAGAACGGCGGGAUGCUGCCUGCAGAGGACACACAGCCUGUGGUUCCUGAGAGCCCAGAGGAGCCCAAGGACACAAAUGGGACACGCCCGGCGGAUGCCCCUGAAAGCAGAGACGAGUUAUGA